GCGGCGGCGCGGGUGAUGUCAGCUCUCGACGAAAAUAGCGAGGGAUCGCCUGCAAAUCCCCAGCUCCGGCGGGGCUAAACCUUGCAAUCCCUCCCCGGCCGGCUCCCAGCCAGGGCGCAGCGGCCUCCACCGCCUCCCCCGGCGCGCACACACCCGCACACGCGCGCACGCACGCUCACACUCCCCCGCACACACACUCACCGUCCUCCCCCUGCCACCACUCUCCGUGCCCGCCGCUCGUCGCACCCGCGAUCCCCAAAGCAAAGCACAGGUGGCAGCGGCGGCGGCGGCGGCGGCGGCAGAGACGCAUUGCCGGAGUGCGCCCUCCUACAGCCCCGGGCGCAGCGCUCUCUCGGGGAAGCCACCCUCUGCGCCCCCGAGUUCCCAGCCAAGCGCCACCCCAGCCGGCGGAGGGGAGCGCGGGUCGCGCGCCGCGGAGAGCCGGGACGCGGAUUAGCGCCCGCAGGAGCCUCUUGCGCCCGUUGAGGCGCUAAAGGGCUUACCCGGGAGGGGGGUGGAAGGGCGGGGAGAGGCUCCCCCUUAAAUACCGCUCCCGGCCACACUUGCGCUCACCCCGGCACCCGCUCGCUCCCUCGCCCGCCGCUGCCGGAGAGCGCCGAAGAGGAGGGGGCGUUCCCUAGACCAUGGCAUCCACGGAAGGUGCCAACACUAUGCCCAAGCAGGUGGAAGUACGAAUGCACGACAGCCACCUCACCUCGGAGGAGCCCAAGCACCGGAAUCUGGGCCUGCGCUUGUGCGACAAGCUGGGGAAGAACCUCCUGCUCACGCUGACGGUGUUUGGUGUCAUUCUGGGAGCGGUGUGUGGAGGGCUUCUUCGCCUGGCAACUCCCCUCCACCCUGAUGUGGUCAUGUUAAUCUCCUUCCCGGGAGACAUACUCAUGAGGAUGCUAAAAAUGCUCAUUCUCCCUCUGAUCAUCUCCAGCUUAAUCACAGGGUUGUCAGGCCUGGAUGCUAAGGCCAGUGGCCGCCUGGGCACGAGAGCCAUGGUGUAUUACAUGUCCACGACCAUCAUCGCGGCUGUGCUGGGGGUCAUCCUGGUCUUGGCUAUCCACCCAGGGAAUCCCAAACUCAAGAAGCAGCUGGGGCCCGGGACGAAGAACGAUGAAGUGUCCAGCCUGGACGCCUUCCUGGACCUUAUUCGAAAUCUCUUCCCUGAAAACCUUGUCCAAGCCUGUUUUCAACAGAUUCAAACGGUGACGAAGAAAGUUCUGGUGGCACCUUCGUCAGACGAGGAGUCCAAUGCAACCAGCGCAGUGGUCUCUCUGUUGAAUGAGACCAUGACCGAGGCCUCCGAGGAGACGACCACGGUUAUCAAGAAGGGCCUGGAGUUCAAGGACGGCAUGAAUGUCCUAGGUCUGAUAGGGUUUUUCAUUGCUUUUGGCAUCGCCAUGGGGAAGAUGGGCGAGCAGGCCAAGCUGAUGGUGGAAUUCUUCAACAUUUUGAAUGAGAUCGUAAUGAAGUUAGUGAUCAUGAUCAUGUGGUACUCUCCCCUGGGUAUCGCCUGCCUAAUUUGUGGGAAGAUCAUUGCAAUCAAGGACUUGGAAGUGGUUGCUAGGCAACUGGGGAUGUACAUGGUAACAGUGAUUGUGGGCCUCAUCAUCCAUGGGGGCAUCUUUCUCCCCCUGAUUUACUUUGUAGUGACCAGGAAAAACCCCUUCUCCUUUUUUGCUGGCAUUUUCCAAGCUUGGAUCACUGCCCUGGGCACCGCUUCCAGUGCUGGAACUUUGCCUGUCACCUUCCGUUGCUUGGAAGAAAAUCUGGGGAUCGACAAGCGUGUGACCAGGUUUGUCCUCCCAGUUGGAGCAACCAUCAACAUGGAUGGCACAGCGCUGUAUGAAGCGGUGGCCGCCAUCUUUAUAGCCCAGAUGAAUGGUGUCGUCCUGGACGGAGGCCAGAUUGUGACUGUGAGCCUCACGGCCACCCUGGCGAGUGUGGGCGCGGCCAGCAUCCCCAGCGCCGGGCUGGUCACCAUGCUCCUCAUUCUCACGGCCGUGGGCCUGCCGACGGAGGACAUCAGCCUGCUGGUGGCUGUGGACUGGCUGCUGGACAGGAUGAGAACAUCAGUCAAUGUCGUGGGUGACUCUUUUGGGGCCGGGAUUGUCUACCACCUUUCCAAGUCCGAACUGGAUACCAUUGACUCCCAGCACCGAGUGCAUGAAGAUAUUGAAAUGACCAAGACUCAAUCCAUUUAUGAUGACAUGAAGAACCAUAGGGAAAGCAACUCUAAUCAGUGUGUCUAUGCUGCACACAACUCUGUCAUAGUAGAUGAGUGCAAGGUAACUCUGGCAGCCAAUGGAAAGUCAGCCGACUGCAGUGUUGAGGAAGAACCUUGGAAACGUGAAAAAUAAGAAUAUGAAUCUCAGCAAAUUCUUGAAUAAGCUCCCCAGCGUAUCUUAUGGUAAAAGAUGAUAUACACAAGCUUUCUUUAAAAAGGAAACAAAUGCAUAUAUUUCUAUGUUUACUUAAUCUGUUAGCUGAGGCUUAGAGGAGCUCUUGUGAGUCAGUGAUGACAGGCACGGUGCUGUGUCUUUGCCAAAUAACGCUUCAUAAUCAUCUAAUGUUCUCACUUGUAUUAUUGUUUGAAUGGAUGCUGCUGGAGGAAUCCGUUUGAGUUGAAGACACGUUCCUGCCAGCUUCCCUUUCCUCUCAAGAUACAGAAAUGUGGAUGCUCUUGCCCCAGGGGACACGACUAGAGCAGUGUGGUACACUCCAGGGACUUCGGGAUCAUGAGCAAAACACACAGUGUGUUCUUCCUUAAAGUGUUCUCCAUGUCUCGCCUUGUUGUGCACAAGAGAUUCUGUUAGAAGCCUCUAGAAGUAACUCCCCAUAAAUGUCUUACAGAGUUUGCACAAUUCCUAUCUUAGGGAACUCUAACCAUUUACCUUCUGUGUACUCUUUAGGUUAAAUGCUUCAAAGAGAGUUUUAGUGGGAGCCAUACUCUUAAAGGCAGCUGAUUACGGAGCCCCUUGUGUCUCUGCCCCACCCUAACUAGUAUCUGUGUGAAUAACGAUUGAAACUUCAAAGUAUGUUUCAUAAUUGUCUCUAAAUUUGAUAAUGGAAUAGGAAGUAUUUUACAUAUAACCACUGUAUAUAUUGACAAAAGUAAGAGAGCACAGCCAACAUAAACUUUAACCAGAUUUAAAUAUUCAAAUUCACUUAUGUUGGGUUUGCAUUCACCUGGCAUAGUGAAAUUAUUUGGUCUAUGUUUUUGCUUUCUUGUUUCACCCAUAAGCUUCUUUUCUGGAUUUCUAACAAAGAAGACAUUUGUAAUCUGCAAACUAUUUCAGUCAUAUUCUCAACAACCUAGAAGGUCUGAUCAUUUUAGCACCCUUGCACAUGGAGGACACUUGUGUUGGCUGUGCCUCUUUUAAUAUCAUCUCUCGAUAAAACAAGAAAAACUGAUACUUAUCUAAUAUGUAGAAAGCUUUUUGUUAUGUAAUAGCAAAGCACAUAAAACCAGUUCCAGGACACAGGUGGAAGCAGAGCCAGUCUUCCUCCUCAGUCUUCUCAGUGGAAAGGAACAGGAAACAAACAUCUGUGCAAAAUCCUAUAAAGGUGGCAUUCCUAUGGCAGAGUCUAGGUAGCCUGGAACCAAGGUGUGGGAACAAAGGAUGGCUCUAAACAACUUCACAGGUGGAAUCUUGUCUAUGGCUGUGAACGUUUAAAGGAAUAAAUAAUAUAAUUGGCAUAGCACAAUGCCUUGCAUGCAGUAGGCAGCCAAAGAAUCUUUAAUGAUUGGCUUUGCAAGUUAAAUUUUUUAAUGUUUCUACUAUCACUUGUUUAUUGAAUAAUGCACAGUAUUUUCGUAAGGUUGCUGGAUUUGGGACUGAGCUGGGGGCUUGAAUCAUUGAGAACUAAAGCACCUUUGACUCUAAGGAGUACGUAGACCUAAGUCCACAGGUAGGAGUGGGGUGUAUCAUCUGAGAUCAGCAGAAGAAUGCUGAGAUAGUCAUGGUUAUAGAACCCAAAAUCUCUGAGGUGAGGGUGUUUAUGGGCUUUCAAUACCCUUUAUUACCUACUCCUUACGACUUCUCUCUUCCAAAUCAGAUACCUUUGGGACGUACAAGAGACAUGAGAUUCUAGUUGUUUUUGUCUCCUAGGUUAUUUUUGGAUAAGGAUCACUAUUGAACAGUAUUAAGCAGCUUUUUUGUUUUUGUUUUUGAGAUGACAUUGGUCUUUAUUUUCAUUUGGUGGGCAGUUAACAGGGCGGCCAAGGGCAUGCGCAAAUGUAGUAGUGGAAAAUACAUCCUUCACGGUAGGCAUUAUGGGCCAAGAGGACAAUUCCUGGAUUUUGCUGUGAAACUGAUUAUCUUUAAGUGAUGCUCCCAAGAGCUUUUUAACUGUAAAUAGAAGGAUGGAGGCAAGGUUUAUUAUGUUGUGGAAGGCCACCUUGGCACUUGUAUACACUGACAUGUUUCUCAAAGGAGUGGUCACAGGAUUGUUUUGUCAAAACUCUGCCUAAAACUUUUUCGGGUAUGUUUUAUCUUUAGCUUUUACUUAGCCAUCCUGUUAGCCUAUAAAUAUAUAAGCAGACAAUGUGUUUAGAGGAAACAAGAUAUACAGCUUAACAAAGCAGGUUUUUCUGGUUUGAGACUGUACACACAGUAAGCCUCAUGAAAAUAGACAUAGGAAAUCACAUUUAUCUGAAGAUUCAAUACAUCUUAUUAAAAAUAAACACUUUCUCAAACUCAGGACUAGCCUGAAAAUUCAGGAUCUAUGUAGGGUUGACACAUGUCUUCAUCCUCUGUUUUUUUUUUAGGCCUCUUUUGUUCUUCCCAUGCCAUACCCAAUGGGAUUUCCCUGCCCAGCAUAUGUGCCAUAAACUGAACAAAUGGAUCCAAAGUAUACCUCUAAUAACCUUUAUCUAAAUAGGAUAAGUAUAACUUGUCAACAAUAUCAGUAGAUUUAUCCUAAUAGGGCCAACACAGAUAUGAAUGCUUGUAACAGUCCAUUAAUAUUCGGUGAUGCGUAAAUGUUAUAUUUAUAUACAGAGACAGCGGGCUAGACACAUACACUGCAUCCUGUAAGGUCUGUACCUUAGGGCUUUGGCAACACCAUUUUGUUACAGCCUUGUUCACUUUUUUUUAGGAGUCAAAAUUAUUUCAGGAGAAAGCCAACUAAGUAGACUUCAAUCCUUCUCUUUCUCAUUUUUGCCCUUUGGGAAACCCAAGUGGAAUCAUCAUUUAAUUACUUACUGAAAUUCAGUGAUUCAAAUCCCAUCAGUGAGAAGAGUGGCUUAUCUCUCAAAGUGAUACUUUACCUUAGAUCUUUGAGGGUGUACCUCCCAUACAAAGAGCAUCAGAGAGUCAGGGCAACCAUCUAGAUCACACAAAUCCUUGAUAUAGGACAUUAGGUGUUGGGUUCUAAACCUUGUAGCUAUCAGAUUCAAUUUUUUACUUCCUAGUAGUUGCAGAAAUGCAGCCUAUGGUCCUUUUGCCUGUGGAAGUUACCAUGCCCCAUAAAAGACAAAUAUUUAUUUCUCCUCUCGAACCACUAGUCAGCCUGGAUAUUCAUGAAAGCUUAAAGAAAGGGUGCCAAAAUGCCUUGCUCCUGGAUUUAGACUCGUGGAAUCUGAGAAGGGCUUAGGGAAAAUUCAGUUCACGGGGAGAUUCCUUAUAGGUGAUGCCAGGCAUCCCAAUGGCCAGUUGAUGAGACGGUCUCAGGUCAGUUCCACUUGUGCUUGGAGAAAUGUGUCAUUUGCAAAUGUACCUAGUCAAGAAGCCCUUUUGGAGUGAAGUGGUUGGGAAACUCAUUUACUGGGUACCCCCAAGUCCCCCCAAAAAAACCCCAAUCCUGCCAUGGUUUUGCCAAUACCACACUUUCCUUUGCUCUGAAUAGCAAAAACCAUGUUAUAAUUUUUCACAUUUGACAGAAGCAAGGCUUCUGCCACCUGUGCAAUGUUUUCCCAUGGAAUACAGCAGUAAAUCCAUGUAGGCAUGUACUUGCACAGAGAUGAUUCUCCAUAGUUCUGACUUCUGAAAAACAAGUCUCAGCAGCUCUUGCCUGGUGUGAUGACUAAAAGUGCACAGCAGUUACACCCUAGUGGAGGUGGUUUUUCCCACUGAGCUGCUGUCGGACUCUGGGGGCCGUCAAGUUGAGAUGCUGGUUUGCUUUGCUUGCUCUCCAACUCAACUCCUACCAAGCCAAGAAAAAGGACCAAAUGGAAUUUCCAGUUUUUAUUAUACUUGCUCUUUGAAUAAGAAUACUAGAGUCUGGGAGCAUAAGAGGAUUAAGUUAAAGCAAAGACUCUGAAAGAAUUCUGAAGUGAGAGUUUUGUAAAUAUAGUUGUCAGAGAAGACUAAUAGUCUCAGUAUCUGUGGUAAUUUUGGGCUAAACCUAGACGAAGAGUCACUGAGUGCCAAGCCAGGCAGGUGGCACUAGGGGCAGACUAUUCUCUUUGGGUGAAGUGAGUUCAAAGCUGCUCAUCAAACAUUUGCUUAUGAUUUUCUCUAAAGGAAAACCCAAUUUUCUACUCUUCCUCCUCUUUUCCACUUAUUGUACAUAUUGUUGCUGCUUUACUAAGAGACAACUUAGUAAGCCAUCACAUGAGCUAGUGCAAGGGUUGGCUUUAGAAUGGAUAACAGGGAAUCUUAAUUGAAUAGUAUCCAAUCUCAUAGCCUAACACAGCUAACUCAGGCAAUGACAGAAAUGAUAAGAAACAACAUGGUUUCGUAGAGGGAACAUUUGAUUUAGACUCUGCCCAUUUUUUGCUAUGUGACUUACACAAGUCACUGUAUGUCCAACCCUCCCUCAUUUUCUCCCAGAUAAAAAGUUAACGGGUUGGAUUAAAUGAUUAAAACCCCCUUCCAGCCUUAUGAAUCCAAAGUAUUAUGAUCUCUGUUUUACUUUCUUCUUUAGUAAGAGGCUCACUACUAUAAAAUGUUACUUACUUAUAUUUUAAGUUGGAGAAGCCCUCAAUAAUGAAUAAUCAAUUUAGAUUUUUCUCAUCUCCUUUGGGGGAAAUUAGAUUCAAGCCUCUAUUCAUUUGAUGUUUUACAACCAAGCUUGGAAGGUGGCCAUGUACAACCGCAGUUGGGUAUUUUGGGACACCAACAAACAGCCUGUUAUAAAAGUUCCCUUUACCUAAACUUUACCUGUCCUAGCAGAAGUCGCAAUUCAGCUCAGGGAAAAAUGCUGCCAGAGUCACCAUGAGGGGACCCGAUGAAUCUGUAGCCUCACUCAAGCUCUUGCAUCAUUCCUGCUGUAGCAACAGAGCCCACUCUGAAUACUCAAAACACACCAUUUUCUCCAAACAGUCCUAAUUGCCAACUCAGUAUGGGAAUUUGGGAGCCUUUGGCAAAGAAACUUGAACACUCUUAUGAAAUUUGGUGCAAGACUUACACAAUCACAGCAACUGUCUGUAAAUACCUUCCCUCCGCCUGUAUGCAGACAUGCACAUCCAUUCACAAGCAAGCCAGACUGAGUUCUUUCUCUGAAGGAAUGUGCAGGAAUAUUUGAUUGAAUUCAUUUUCAAAUUUUCCUCUUGGUUUGUUUUUAUCAUGGGCAUCCCAUUGCAGGUAGCAAAGCUUACAAGAAUGGAGUUUUGUGACAAUCAUCACCCUCUUUAAUGCCUGAGGAGUUUCCAGGGUGGAUGGGAUACAAUGCAUGGUCCACAAGGUGCAUGUCACCAGCCAUCACUUUUAAACAACCUCUUUCCCUUUCUGGCACUGCCGUAAUGGCCCAUUGCUUGCAUUUUUUCUCUUUGGCCAAACUUUGCUAAAUACACAGAGUAGAAUUGGUAUUUACUGUGUUAUGAGCACCUUUAUUGCCAGAGAAGACUUCAGCUCUUUGGAUUUUAGGGAGCGAGAUGUAAAACUAGGAUUAAAAGGAUUAGGUUUUGUAUGUUUGUUGGUUUUUUCCAUUGGCGCAAAAGACCUGAUGCAAGGGCCACAAGAUAAAACAUGAUUUUUUAAUCGACCCAUAUAAGAACCUGUAGAAAAGUGAGUUCCUAUUUCAUUCAUUCUAAGUGAUAUCCUGAAUAAUUACAGAUUACUUUUUUCUGUGUCCAGCCUUGCUUGACCUUCCAACCUCCAGGCCAAGUGUGCAUUUUGAUGUUUUACAAAGUCCUUCUGGUUGUUAUGCAGGGCCCCUUUGUGCUGAGAAUCAAAUCUACUACUGGAAGAGAGCUCACUGCUUUGCAGGGUCAGCACUUGACCUAGAGAAUGGGUAGCAACAGGUCCUCAGUUCCUCUGGAGACACCCCCAAUCCCUGAGGAGUGUUGGAACCUGACAACCGACUGUUACCCUUGUUGUCAUCCCCUGUGGAGAUGGGGAUGAUGCAGUCAGAGCCUCACUCCUCUUGGGCUUCUGUUGGUUCUCAUGGCAACCAUUUUGCCUGCCUGGAAACAGCCUAUUGCCUUUGGUAGGGGACAGAGGCACACACUAGCCAAGGAAGUUGGUCCAGCACGUCUCUGAAGUUUCUCCUCCAUGGACCAAAUUCUCUGAGAUAUAUGAUCAGAAAUUUGGCUCUCUGGUGGUUUAAUACUCCACGAGAGUUACUUUCCUUACUAGAAGCAUUCUUUGACAUCUAGAUUCUUCUACAAAUCACCUUAACUCCCUUCCUCCUUCUCCUGGAAAACCUCAGCAUUGCAUCUCCAUGUUGCACAACACAGAUCAGAUUAUCUGGUCACUAUAGAGAUUUGUAUAUAAAAAGCUACUUUUUUGAGGAUUUUUGUAUAUUGUUUUUCUAUUUGUUUUCUACAGCUUGAGGAGAGAGCUGGCAAACUGUGAAUCUAAUUUGAUCUUGUUGCCGGCAGAUAUAUUUUGGCUUCCUGGUAAGAAUCUCGGUUACCAGGGAUAAUAUAUUGCCCUCUGAUCAGUAUUGCACCCCAAAUCCACAAAUUCCUCCAGCCCAAUCUUACAUUCUUUUUUAAAUAAAUCCCCAACCUUCUUUGCUAUUAUUUAUAAAGAGCAUGAGAAAAAUGUAUUUAUAAUCCUAGAUAUUAUAUGUUUAAUAUUAAUUUAGCCUUUAAUAAUGUUAUAGGUUUGUAUCUAUUCUUCAGAAAUCAUAAAGAACUCAGUGUAGACUGAAUUAAUCCAUUUAGUAUCUGUAAUUUUACAGACAGAUAUUUUCUUACGGUAUUUUCUAUAUAACCACACAUGUAGAAUUAUAACUAAUUAGAGCACAAGAAGUUUCUACAGCAAUUUAGAGCUAUCAAUUAUUUCCUGACUAUAUAAUCCCAUUUGAAAAAUUGAAGAACCCAGUCUUUAGUGAUGCAAUGAACAAAAUGACCAUUAAGAACAAGGAAUUAUUUAAAUCCCUUAGCUGGUUAAGAUAUAUGUCUAAAUGAUUAAUCUUUUUAACUCAAAGAAUGGUGCUGAUUUCAUAUUUUUGGGACCAGCUCUUGUUUUUCCACUGAGCCUUCUAGUUUUGCUUUUCUCUAAGAUUAUCAAAGACAAGGUAGUAAUAGUGGGAUCAUUUCUAUAUUAGAAUGUUUCAUGCCUUUUUAAAUGUUUAUGUGAAAAUCGGCUCAGGAAAACUUUGAGUAGCAGAGACUGAGGAUGAGUGCUACAGAGGAAAUCAGGACAGAUUUGUUGCAGUUAAUUCUUGCCAAGCAAAUGGGUAGUAAAUGUCACAUGGUUACAUGAAUUGAGCACAUAUUUUUUAAACAAAGUUUAAAAAAAAAUCCUUUUCAGUACCAGCUAUGAAGCAAUACUGUGUCACACGGGGCUGGCAGUGGGGGCUUAGAAUCACAUUGAAAUUAUUUAGAAGCAGCCCAGGUAGAUUCUGUCCUCAGGUGAAUAAUAACAAACUAUGUAACUUCCCCCAAAACUAAAACAAUAGCCACUGGAAAGACAAGGUGUCUUCCUUCCACCAAACACACUUUCUGAUAUGGUGGUAGGGCUGGUAUUUUUACCAUGUUUUAAAAAAUAGUCAGUUACAUAAAAAAUGUACUUGUAUGUAUUUGAACCUGCCCUUCAUUAAGCAAACAAAUGAGAUGUGCCCUCAACUGGCAAUGAUUGUAUCUGUUUUCAAGUACAGCUAGCUGUCAAAGCAUGAAGCUCUUGUGUGUACACACUGACACUUGGUUCACGCAUGAAGAACAGUGCCUAUGCACUUUGUGUAGCUAUAAUGUAGAUAUCUAGGUGUAAUUUCAGUGAAAUGGUGUAUAGAUGUAUUGAAAUUUAAUUUAUAUGUUUAUUUUUGGCUAUUCACCUAAAUGCAGUAGACAUAUUGAUUGGUGUUUUGCAAGUCCUUCUUUUCCCCUCUUAGAUAUCUAGCUGUGAAUCAUUUUUCCUUUUUGUCAAUGUGGUUUGGGGGGGGCAUAUAUGAGUGAGGAACUUAUCUAUGAAUCCUUUGUACCGAUGAUUGUUUGAAAGUCUGUGUGUGUCCAGCACCUUUGUAAAUAUACAAUUCAGAGCAGGGAUGGGCUGGGUGUGUGUCCUGGUUCUUAGUGAAAGGUCAUCCCACGUCUGUAUAAUACGCGGUGAAUGCAACUGUGGAACUUUUGAUUAUCUAGGCUUAGGUAGGUUUAGAAUGAGGACAUUUACCUACAGUCCUCCUCCGCUUGGUGGAUUGGGCUCAAAGAGACAAAAGGUUAGUCUGCCCCUGUGCAUGUUAGCAUCGUGUCCUUAGGGAAGGGUCAGCCUCUCUGGUUGCCAAAUACUCAUCAUGAUGCUCAUGACUUAAAGGAUUUGAAGAGCCUUGUCCCCCUUGGCUUCUUGAGUCAGGGUAUGGGAAAAACAUUUGCUGACUAACUGCCAUGCAGGUGAAAUCCCACAAAAGCACAGUUCAGGCUGUAAACUGCACAGUUGUCUGUAGGAAGGUAGAACACUAGAAGCACAGGAAUAGCCAGUGUGCAGCUUUGGGGGUCGUAGGGGGGCAACUGAUGAAGCACAGAUCCCACAUAUAUGAGGGAGUAUAACCUCCUCUACCUAAUAUGCUCUGUGUGCAUGUUUUGAAUGAAGAUGAGAUUAACUAACAUAAAUAUACACCUGCCUCCUAAAACACAUGUUGUGUGUAGUUAUCACUAAAUACAAUGCUGUGAGGUCUAUAGUUCCUGUAACCCCUUUCUCCUCCCCAAGGACAGAGAAGAAGUAGCCAUGUGCUUUAGGGAACUUUGAGUGCCCCUCUCUUAUCCCAAGAGGAGUGAAGCCUAAGAUAUUACCUGAGGGCAUGAAGCACAUUAAUUUGCAGUGGCUUCUUCAUAUAAGUGGAGUGAGGGGAUACAGUGGACUAGCAAAUUUUUCCUUGAAAAUGUGGCUUCUUCAAUACCUGUCAAAUUUAGGAUGGAAAAUUUACUGAAAGAAAACCAGACUGCAUACAGGAUUCUCUUUGAAGAUUCUUGUAUGUCCAGAAUGAAAGAAUAAAUGUUUUCCUAACAUUCACAAUCCCCCUUGGUCUGAAGUCAUGUAGCAUAGAGCAUCUAUAGCACAUAGUGUUUAAAGACUAAUGAAUGCAGAAAGAUAAAAGCUUCAACUAAAUUUUUUGAUUGUUUCUUAUAUAUGGUACUAGAAGAUGCCUUGUUGGCAAAGCACAUUUUGGGUAGUUGAGGUCUUUUGUUUUCACCUUUAGCUUUCUUACAAUGUGGACUGAUUACUGUAACAUUUCAUGUGUAAAAUAACUGGAUAUUCUUUAUAUACUGGAAAUAACCUGUGAAUCCAAUAUUUCACUAAGUGUUUUAACUUUUAUGUAUAUAUCUCCCAUCAAUAAAUGUGGAUUCCAAUUUC